AUGGAGCCCGUUGACGCCGAACGCGCGCGACAGCUGUCGCUCUUCCGGCCACUAGGUACGUCCCACUUUGCCCCCGGCAACGAACCACUGAGACCGGCCUCUCCGUCCCCGUGGCGCGUCCACUGGUUCUUGGUGGCUGCCGACCCUCGUCAACCCGGGGAGGUAUGUCGCUCCUCCUGCAGCGAGUUCCAGCCAGUUCCCGACAAUCUACCCCUCUUCGAGAAGGAUCUUGUACAUCAAAUCAAGACAUCCACGCUAACGAUCUCUUUUUCCCCUUUCGCUGCCCCUCAGGCUACCAACGCAAUUCUUGCGGGUGCAUCCUACUAUACCAGUUCCGUUGCCGUGCGGCCCGAGCACUAUGAGGAACUCAUCAAUCGGGGCUGGAGACGGUAUGGCUCACUCCGCUGUCGUCAAUUCUAUCACUAUCUUUGGGCCACCCAGUAUGACUCACAACGCCGCAGAUCAGGUACUCUCUACUACAAGCAGAAUCUGGAACGAUCAUGCUGCCCGUACUACACAAUGAGGCUGGAGGCCUCGGCGUUCACGCCUCGCCGGGAUCAGCGCAAGGCCAUCAAUCGCUGGAACAAGUUCAUUCUUGGUCCGGAGUAUAUCCGUAAGGCAGCUCGACUGUGUCCCCAGACCCGAGAGGAAAAGCGACACCGGAAGUGCAACUUUGACGUCGUGUCAUCUGUUCACGAGACCGAGUACAGCAAUGUCAAGCGUCCCAUUGAUCCAGAUACCAAAAGACCGCUGGAGCCGGCCCACAAAUUUGAGGUCAAUAUCGAAGGCGACUCGGUCUCGCAAGCCAAAUUUGACCUCUUUGCGAAGUAUCAAACGACUGUUCAUCGGGAAGAUGUGUCCCGCUGGAAGACCAAGGAUUUCGAGCGAUUUUUGUGCUCAGGUCUUAAACGGUCCCCGAAUCCCGUCACCAAGUCGAAUGAUUCUGAAAAAAAACUGGGCUCGUGGCACCAGUGCUAUAGACUAGAUGGAAAGCUCAUCGCGGUAGCGGUUCUAGAUAUGGUACCUAAUGGUGUGAGCUCAGUCUAUAUCUUCUAUGACCCCGCAUACGAGCAAUGGGAGUUUGGUAAACUAAGUGCGCUUCGGGAGAUCGCAUUUGCCCUCGAAAACAGCUACCCCUACUACUAUAUGGGAUUUUAUAUCCAUAGCUGCCAGAAGAUGCGCUACAAGGCCAAUUUCCGACCACAGUAUCUUCUUGAUCCUGAAUCUUACGCGUGGCACCCACUCAAUGGCGAGCUCUCCAAGAAACUCGAUACGCGCCCUUAUGUUUCCCUCUCACGAGAUCAAUCUACACCCGCCGAAGAUCCAAACACUGUCUCGGCAUUGGACCCGGAUGUUGAUGAGCAGGAGCUUUCCCUCUUUGACAUCCACAUGCCUGGCGCCUUGACCCUGGAUCAAGUCAAAGCCUUGAACCUAGACAAUUGGCAUCUCCUCUACCAUGGCAAUUUUGUGCAGAUGGAGGACCUUGUUGGAUGGGAAAAAUUGCCCAUGAAUGACCCUCAGUCCGUCAAAGGAAUCAUUGCCGAGUUAGCUGCGGUUUUGGGCCCAAAGAUCGUCAAGAACAGUGCAGUCGUCCUCUUUGAUUGA